AUGGUGCAGAACGGAGGUGGAUGUGAUUUGGGUGGGUUGAUGGAUGGGUUGGCCAUAAAGCUCUCUAUGAUAAUCGGGUUAAGCAUCGCCGACGGGGACUCCUGCCAUCCGCCGCCCCCGACCCGCUCUGUUGACAUCGCGACGUCGGCCCGACUCCUCCUGACGAAGAGAGAGGAGAGGACUAACAGCAGCAGCAACAGUAGUAGUAGUAGUAGUAGUAGUAGUAGUAGUAGUAUUAGUAUUAGUAGUAGUAGCAGCAGCAGCAGCAGUAGCAGCAGCAGAGAGCAGCAGACAACAUAUGAGUACCAGGCGCCUCACCAUUCACUCUUCCUCGUGUUCCGUCCUAGGCAGUGGUACCAGGCCGUCACCAAUCACUCUUCCUCGUGUUCCGUCCUGGCCACAUCCACCUUUCUGCCCGUGGCAUCCACCUCCCUAACCCUAGCAUCCACCUCCCACCCGUGGCAUCCACCUCCCUAUCCGUGGCAUCCACCUCCACCUGUAUCAUCCACUGCCCUAUCCGGGCAUCAACUCUCCCACCCGGUAUCAUCCACCUCCCUAUCCGGGGCAUCAACCUCCCACCCGUAUCAUCCACCAACCCACCCAUCCACCAACCCACCCGUAUCAUCCACCUCCCUAUCCGCAUCAACCUCCCACCCCGUAUCAUCCACCUCCCUAUCCGGGGCAUCAACCUCCCCACCCUGGCAUCCACCUCCUACCCGUGGCAUCCACCUCUGCCAGUGGCAUCCACUUCCCGACCCGGCAUCCACCUCCCUGCCCAUUAUCCACACCCCCCUGCCCGUGGCAUACACCUCCUGCCCGUGGCAUCCACAUUCCUGCCCAUGGCAUCCACCUCCCUUCCAGGGCCUCCACAUUCCUGCCUGUGGCAUCCACCUACCUGCCCGUGGCAUCCACUUCCCUACCCGUGGCAUCCUCAUUUCUGCCCUUUGCAUCCACCUCCCUACCUGUAACAUCCAUCUCCUCACCCGGGCAUCCAACAUUCCUGCCCGUGGCAUCCGCUUCCUACCCGUGGCAUCCUCAUUUCUGUCCGUGGCAUCCACCUCCCUACCGCUGUCAUCAUCCACCAGCCGGGCAUCCAACAUACCUGCCCACCAUUACCUACCUACCUGGCAUCCACCGCCCCCGUGCAUUAUCCACAUCCCCGCCCGUGUCAUCCACCUCCUGUCCGUGGCAUCCACCUCCCAACACGGCCAUGCACAUUCCUGCCCAUUAUCCACAUUCCUACCCGUGGCAUACAACAUUCCUGCCGUGGCAUCCACCUACCUGCCCAUAUCCACCUCCCUGCCCGUACAUACACCUUGCUGCCCGUGGUAUUCCAUCCCUGCCCAUUAUCCACAUUCCCUGCCCGUGCAUCCACCCACGUCACAUCCACAUCCCUGCCCGUGGCAUCCACAUUCCUGCCCGUGGCAUCCACCUACCUGCCCAUUCCAUCCUGCCCGUGACAUACACCUUGCUGCCCGUGGAAUUCACAUCCUGCCCAUUAUCCAUUCUCCUGCCGUGGCAUCCAACUACUUGCCCAUCCACAUCCUGCCCGUGAUCCACAUUCCGCCCGUGGCAUCCACCUACUUGCCCAUUAUCCACAUCCCGCCCGUGUCCCUGCCCGUGGCAUCCACCCACUUGCCCACAUCCACAUCCCUGCCCGUGGCAUCCACAUUCCUACCCGCACCACCCUGCCUAUUGUCCACUUCCCUGCCUGUGGCAUCCACCCACUUGCCCAUAUCCACAUCCCUUCCCGUGGCGUCCACAUUCUGCCCAUUAUCCACAUCCCUGCCCGUGGCAUCCACUUCCUGCCCGUGGCAUCCACUUUCCAGCAGGAACAUCCACCCCUGCCCGUGGCAUCCACCUCCUCACCCGUGGCAUCCACCUCCCUACCCGUGGCAUCCACCUCCUACCGUGGCAUCCACAUUCCUGCCCGUGGCAUCCACCUCCCUACCCGUGCAUCCACCUCUACGUGGCAUCCACUCUCCUACCCGUGGCAUCCACCUCCUAACCAGUGUCAUCCACGUCCCUGCCCAUAUCAUCGACCUCCAAAUCUGA